AUGUUUCUUGUGACAGCUGAGGGUGCUGAGAAUGGACUUGAGUUCACCAUUGUAAGACCUUUCAACUGGAUUGGACCUAGGAUGGAUUUCAUCCCCGGCAUUGAUGGUCCUAGCGAAGGUGUCCCUCGUGUUCUCGCCUGCUUUAGUAAUAAUCUUCUUCGCCGUGAGCCUCUGAAGCUUGUGGAUGGUGGAGAAUCACAGAGAACGUUUAUCUACAUUAAGGAUGCCAUCGAAGCUGUUCUUUUGAUGAUCGAAAACCCGGAUAGGGCAAAUGGGCAUAUUUUCAAUGUAGGCAACCCAAACAACGAAGUCACAGUACGACAGCUCGCUGAAAUGAUGACCGAGGUAUACGCAAAAGUGAGCGGAGAGGGAGCUAUAGAGAGUCCGACGGUUGAUGUAAGCUCAAAGGAGUUUUACGGGGAAGGUUAUGACGACAGUGACAAGAGAAUACCAGACAUGACCAUCAUCAACCGGCAACUGGGAUGGAACCCGAAGACAUCUCUGUGGGACUUACUGGAAUCGACCUUAACCUAUCAGCACAGGACUUACGCGGAAGCUGUGAAGAAGGCAACAUCCAAACCAGUAGCUUCAUAA